AUGUCAAGAAUAAGCGGUACCGCUUAUUCCAAUAAGGUCCGAGAUAUGCCAAGGAUGGGUUACCAUAAUAACGUCUCGAAGGACACUGGCGUGUCGAGAGGACAGAAGACCAAACUUGCUGCAGCGGUCAAGAUUCUCCUUAUUGGAGACAGUGCUGUGGGGAAGAGCAGUCUUAUUCUCCGGUUUUCACAGGACGAAUUUCGGAGCGACCUUACGUCCACAAUUGGAGUUGACUUCUUGAUCCGUACGACGGAAAUUGACGGUGAACCGGUGAAGAUGUCUAUAUGGGAUACAGCGGGGCAGGAGAAAUUCCGCACCAUCACUGAAGCCUACUAUCGGAACGCUCAUGGGAUCAUUCUCGUAUACGACAUCACCGACCCAUCAUCGUUCAACAAUGUGAGAGGGUGGAUCAAGAGCAUUGAGGAGCAUUCUACGCGCGGGGUGCGCGUCAUUCUCGUCGGCAACAAGACUGACAUGAACGACCGAAGGGUUAUCAGCAAGGAACAAGGGCAGCAACUGGCUAGCGAGUUCAAUGUCAGCUUCUUUGAAACCUCCGCUAAAGCAGAUAUCAACGUGGAGGAGGCAUUCCAAUGCAUUGCCAGGGAGAGCAAACAACUCUACGACAUGCAGCACUCUCGACAUCGUGAGGUAUCAACUGUUGACCUUGAACAAAAAUCAACUGCUGUCCUUACCACUUCAACUUGUUGCGUAUGA